AUGAGGAAUUUGCAGAAAAUUCUCUCUAUUGUUUUCCUCCUGUUCUUCAUCUUCACUGCACCAUCCUGUGCGGAUAUCAUAUCUGUGAAGAUCGGUUCUGAUGACCGAGGUCUGAUCGACUUCCACAAGUUCGAGUUCACAAACAUGGGUCAACUCUCCGUUUCCAUCUCCUCCGUCUCAGUCUCUUCUAUGCCUGUCACCUCAAACUUAUCACGACCUGAUCUUUCACGUAUUGGUUUCUUCCUUGUCUCGGACUAUGCAUUGUACUAUAUAAUUGACGAACAUUCAUGUUACCUGGAUUCUAAAUACAUCUCACUCCUAUUUACUUUCCAAGAUAUCUCGCCUCCUUCUCAGUCUUCUUUCAACAAAUCGUAUGCUGUGACAUAUCCAAAUUCCUACACACUCACAUUCGCCAACUGCAACCCCCUAUCACACGUAACAAUGGACGUGAAGACAGAGUUCUACAACACCCAUAAUGGCACUACUAAAGACUACCUACCAGCCGGGCAAACAAAGCUCCCCUCUCUUUACUUCAAUUUGUCCCUCAUUUACCUGUGUUCUCUAGCUUUUUGGAUCUCCAUAUGCUUCAAGAACUAUCCAUCUUUUCAUUGGAUUCAUUUACUCAUGGGUGUUUUGCUUCUUAUGAAGGGGCUUAACUUGUUAUCUGCAGCCAAGGUCCAACAUUCUAUAAAGGUUACAGGCACUCCUCUUCAUGGAUGGAAUGUCUUGCUUUACAUAUUUCAGUUUAUCAGGACUGUGCUCUUUUACACUGUGAUGGCGGCGACCAUUGACGGAUGUUGGUUCUUGAAGCCGAUUAUUCUAACUAAGAACAGUUUGAUGAUUGUGAUCCCACUUCAAUUUUUUGCUACAAUAGCUUCUAAAGUGGCACGUGAGGUUUUACUUGAAGAAUCCUUGCUGUGGGACAUUGGAUCACUUUUUGCAGCAAACAUUUGUAAAACUUUUUUCAUCGUGCUCAUUGGAUUUGCGGUUUACUUCACUUCAGAGACUGAUGAGGCAGUGACAAAUUAUUCUGCAAAGUUUUCUCUAAUUCGGCUGUUCUAUGUUGUGUUUAUUUUAUGGUCGUGCGUUGAUUUUGUUUGUGGAGUUGUGGGCAGUGAUUGGGCAAUGGCAGCAGAGAUAGCGACUCUUGUGUUGUACAUGGUAAUGUUUUUAUUGUUCAGGCCAUCUGAGAAAAGCGAAUAUUUUGUUCCACCGGUACCAGAGGGGCUCGUUGGGGAUGCGGAGCUUGGAUGUGGUGUUUGA